ACGAGUGACCUUCCAAACCUCGAUAUCCUAUGAUGUGAUGAUACGGUCUCAUGGUUAUGUGCGCGCGGAGCACUACCACGAUGAGACGGUAGCGGAGGCUAGAGCGAGGGUGAGAGGAGAGAGAGACGACGAAUUAUGGCGACGUAGGGACGAUGAGAUAGACCGAGACCGCAGAGAUCGCGAGUUGUUUGUACAAGCAAGGAGGCUAGAUGAUUACCCCCGAAGCCCUCGCUAUGAGGCCGAUCGGGGUAGAGGCGACUCCCGCGGCCGAUGGGAGAGGGACGGCAGAUACGAGAGACCGGACCGAGAUGGAUAUAGGGACGACAGAUACGAGAGGUCGGGUCAAGAUGGCUACAGAGGAAGUAGAUAUGAGAGAGGAGAUCGGGACUGGGAACGACAAAAUGGGUCACGCGGACGGUUUGAGCGCGGGGGAGAUGCGAGAGAGCAGCGCGACGAGACGCGAGGAUGGUACAACCGAGGGGACCGACGCGAUGAGUCACGAGGACGAUAUGACUUGGGGGACCGCCGGAAUGAUUCGCGAGGGCAGUAUGAGCAAGGAGGGUCUGAAGGAGACCGGCGCAACGAUUCGCGCGGUCGGAAUAAGAGAGGGGGAUAUGGUGUCUCAUCAGAACCAUAUCCCAAGUCGCCUGACCCCAAGGCGGCUAGGAAUUCGAUGUCUAGAGGCGCAGACGACAGGGCGUCUACUCCCAGGAAUUCAUGCGUCUACUGUAGAGGAGAAGAUCAAAUCAAGAAGGAUUGCCCGGACCUCAAACGAGCAAUAGAUGAGGGACUUGUCGUGCUUGACGACCGCAAGUACGUCAAAUGGGCAGAUGAUCUGGGAGAUGUAUCGAUGUUYCCUUCGAUGAAGGAGAAUGUCGAAGCAAGGAGAAUAAAGACGAGUAAAGGAAUAGAGUCGGUCAGGAGCCAGAGCAUCAAGAUAAUCUUUGAGGGGGAUAUCGCGACCACACCCAUAAGGGUGGCAGCCACCAAGUYGGCAAGAGGGUCUACAUCGAAGAAGACUGACACGGAUUACAUGAUGACGGAGAAGGACGGGCAGCGGGUCGAUGGAGAGGAGGUUAUCCUUUCACCGCGAAAGAGGGGAGUGAAGAAGUUCUUAAUGAAGAGUUCGUUGGACGAGAUUGACACGGUUGAGCCGCUGAGGCGGGCCCUUCGGCAACCAAUGCAGUGUUUUAUUCUGGAGUAUCUGGCGGCAUCGAAGCCGGCUCGUGAUGAAUUACAGAUGAUCACGUGGAAGACUCGCAUACCUCAAUCAGAGGAGGGUCAGGGGGCCCCUAAAGCGGAAGCUUCUACAGUAGCAGUAACAGGGGUGACUGCCAGAGCGGAUCGUAUGGCGACAGUCCUUCUCGAUGGAAUGGAAGGUGUGCCUCCAGACAAGUUUCAUAUACUUGGUAGCGGGGCCGUGGAGACGAUUAUAAACGAUGGAGCGGUACUCGAUGCUGUGAUUGAUAACGGCAGUGAGGCUGUCAUCAUAGACGAGGACCUGGCGGUACGACUUGGACUGGGCCUCGAUAGGUCAUACCUAUUCGAUACAGAGACGGUCGAUGGGAGAAAGUAACAGAUCACUGGGGUUUGUCAUAAGGCAGCCAUAGAAGUCCAAGGGGUACGAGUGACCCUGCCAGUCUUUGCAGUCAAGAACUGCAGCUCCGACCUGCUCUUGGGUCGAACGUGGCUGAGCCACGUGCAUGCGGUGACGAUAGAGCGACUUGAUGCGAGCCAAACAUUGUCCAUUAAGAAGCCAGACGGGACGCGGGUAAUGAUUGAGACAGUGGAGCCUCGGGACCCGAGGAACAGAGCAGCUCUUGCUG